AUGAAGAGUCUUAAGGCAAAGUUUAAAAAGAAUGAGAGUCAAGACUGGAGCAAGAGUGAUGAGCGGCUCCUCCGGGCUGUGGAGCAAAACGAAGCAGAUAAAGUCUCCGCCCUCAUCCUUAAAAAGGGUCUCUGCCCCACCAAGUUGGAUGCUGAGGGCAAAUCGGCCUUCCAUCAUUGCGUGUCUCGAGGGCACGUCGAUUGUCUGGAGGUCAUUAUCGCUCACGGAGCUGACGUCAAUGUCACAGAUGGUGCCGGCUUUGGCGCCCUUCACCUCGCAGCCAAACACGGACAGACCGAAUGUUUGAAGAGACUUUUACAGGAGAGACUGGAAGUAGAUUGCACGGACGCCAUCGGGAGAACGCCCCUCCACCAUGCAGCAAUCAGCGGCUGCGUAUCCUGCUCUGAGAUCCUGUGGGACUUUAAAGCCGAUCUUGAUGCGCAAGAUGGGGAUGGAGCCACCGCCCUCAUUCUGGCAGCGCAGAUGAGUCGAGCGGAGCUUUGCGCCUUUUUGCUGGGUCGAGGUGCCAACGCAAACAUUCAGGACAACCAGGGGAGGUCUGCCUUAAUGUUGGCCUGCGAGAGCGACAGCGCGGAAACGGUAGCCGUCCUACUGAGGGGCGGGGCCAACACGCAGCUGGUCGACGGCCUCGGAAACAAGGCGGAAGACUACAGCCCUGAUAGCCAUCGCAUUGUGCACAUGUUGCAAAACGGAGCGCCUCCUGGUACGGUACUCUACUCCGUCAUGAUCACUCAGGGUUUACCACCCGCCCCUCACGCACGCAGUCCCGCUCCCCCCGUUGAGUCGCCCGAGCCCCCAGCUCAGUCGCCUUCUCCUCAGCCUCCAGAAUUGCAUCAGGUGGAAGAUGAGGAAGUGUUUGAGGAGAUUCGGCGACUACGUCUCGAACGAGGUCGCCUCCUCCAGAAAAUAAAAGCCUUGGAGCAGCAGCAGAAGAGUGCCCUCUCUGCCUUGGAGGAGCUGUCCCGGCUAAAACAGCGCCUACAAGAGGCAGAGGCUGAGAGGGACAAAUUGAUCGAGGAGCUGAAGGGAGUCCAAGGCGUCGGAACGAGUGACUCUGAAGAUAUGGAGGAAAUGUUUGACUUCCAAGAGAGGUUGCUCUCCAAGCGUUCCAGAGCCUCACCUGCUCAUGCCGAGACCUCCUCCGAUGCAGAAUCGGCCAGCCCGUCUCCUGCCCCCGCUCAGCGUGGAACUGCGGAAGAACUACACCAAAAAAUAGAAGAGCUUACAUCACAGAAUGUCGAGCUUGUUCUCAAAGUUCAGAUGCUGGAGAUGUUUGAGAAGGACGACACCAACAUGGAAAGCCCCGGUGCGGACUUUGUCCCCAUCGCACAGUAUGAGACAAUUAGGAAGGAGUUUGAAGCCCUACAAGAGCGCUUCUCAUUGGCUCAAGCGGCCAACGAGGAGUCUGGUGAGGUGGAGGAAUGUGGUGUUGAAACAUCUCAGGUUGGAUUUUCAGAGAAUCCAGAGGCUCUAAAGGAGAAGCUGCAAGGCCUGCAGGCCCUGUUGGCUUCCUCUCAGUCAGAGCUGGAGCAGCUAAAGGAGCAAAUGCGUCUUGGGGUGUUGUCCGUGGAGUGUGCCGAAGGGGACACAGGAGGAGCAGGUGCUAGCUGGGUUCCAGACUCGGAGGCCCAGCAGCUGAGGGUAAGAGUAGGGGAGUUGGAGGAGGAGCUUAGCCAGAGCCGUGCCAAAGCGGUCGCCCGGACCUCUGAGGACGCUGACAGAAUCAAACAGCUGAAAGAGCGAGUUGAGCAGCUUCAAGUCGCUCUGGUCCAGAAAAGGUCUGCGGGCGACAAGGACUGGACAGACUCUGGCGCAGAAGAGCAAAAGGAAAACGUGGCUGAGCUGGAGGCGAGCGGUAUACAGGGAGGGAGGACGUCAGGAGGCCUGGGACUGAAUGGAGAUCAGGUUCGGCGCCUUCAGGAACGUGUGGGCGAGCUGGAGGAUGAGCUGAAGAAGUGUGUGCCACGGUCAGACCUGGAGGAGGUGCAGGUCACCCUAAGCCUCCAGUGUGAACAGCUGGCCAGGGAAAGAGCGGAGGUGGCGAGGAAGCUCAAUGAUGCCCUCCUGCAAUUGGAGAGACUGAGGCCUCCCAUAAAUGGCGACGACGAAGAUGAAGAAGAAGAGCACUCGGAGGGCUCGGAGCUCUCAGUCACAUCAGAACGCUCCAGACGUACGCUGGCCGCCGUUCGCGAAGAGCUGGAGGUGGCCCGACAGGAAGCCGCCCAAGCUCUUGACUGCUUAUGUGCCGAGCGAGAGAGCCGUGCCCACGACGCCCUGCACCUGAAGGAUGUUGUGCCUCUGGCCAAGCACAAAGAAGCGCUGGCCGCCGUGUCGGAGCAGCUGGCCCAAACCCUACAGGAGCUUCAGCAGGAAAAGGCGCAGCGGGCAGAGACCGAAGAACAGGCGGCCAUAUUAGAAGCCAAAGUAGAGGCCAUGCAUGAGGCUGUUCCCAAAGAGGAGCAUGACAAAAUCAAGGCAGAGCUCCAGCGCUCCCUGCAGGCCAGCGAGAGUAGUGCCGCAGCAGCUCAAGAGGCUCUGAGUGACAAAGAAACAGAGCUGAGACAACUCAAGUCAGAAAAAGCCGCCCAGCAGGGUCUUAUCUCCAAGGAAGACCACGAGGCCCUGCGGGUGUCCAUGCAGGCCGAUAUAAACGCCAUGGCGGCCCGCUUCAACGACCUCACGCGUAAACACGAGAAGACCUGCACUGAGGUGUUCCAAGUGCAGCGGGAGGCUCUUUUUAACAAGAGCGAGCGACAGGCGGCAGAGACUCAGUUGGUUGCUGUGCAACAGCAGCUUCAAGAACUGCAAGCCAAGUCCAGUCAUGUCCAGGAACUCCAAAAUAACAUCCAGGAAUCUCAAGGCUUUGUCAAGGAGAGGGACCGCAAGAUAACAGAGCUAUCUAAGGAGGUGUUCCGGCUAAGAGAGGCACUUGGCUCUCUGUCGCCCCCUCUUGGCAUCAUGUCUUCCAGUUCUAACACGCAUCAAGCGAACCCGGGACAGCAAAUGGCACUACAGAACAAAAUCGCCAUACUCAACCAACAGCUCCAGGAUUGUGAACGAAAGCACAAACAGGUGGUGGCUGUGUAUCGUUCUCAUUUACUGGCUGCCGUGCAGGGUCGUAUGGAUGAAGAGGUGCAACGUCUUCUCCUGCAAAUCCUCAGAAUGAGCCAACAGGGUCAUUAACAUCCAUGUCAUCCAUCUUUAUAGCUCAUUAUAUCAAGCAAGCACAAGUGUACAACGAUGCCUUUCAAGGAACCCAUGUCUGGAAUUUAACGUUAAUUCCACCAUUAAUUCAAUUUUGAUCAUGUAAACAGGUAAUACUGAAUUGUCAAAGUUUUGGCCUAUGACAGGAAUUCCCCCAAACUGUCCAGAAUUAUUUAUUUACUACGAAUAAUGUGCAGUUGUUCAUCCAUGCCAGCAAUAUAGUGACAUAAGUGUGGUAUGCCUUUUAUAAAAAUCCAAUGUGUUUAUUUUUAGAAGAUAUUGUGCGAUUGACCUACUUUUUUUUUACAAUAUAUUUUCCCUGUUUUGAUCCAAAAUAAAUACGUAA